UGAAAUACUUCUGAUGUAUUAGCAUCCUUCCCAAAAUUAGAAUACCACUAAUUUUCACAGAACUCCAGAUUUGGUCUGACCAAUGAAUUCUUAGCUGAAGCAUAAUCUCUUUACAUUUUUAUUCAGUUCCUCUAUAUUAGUCUUUAUUACAGCAAAGAACCUCUGGUACUGAUCUCCAAUUGUUCAUCUUUUAGUUGAGUGAGAUUUUUUUUAGGUUAGAUUAUGAGGACACGCAGUCCUCUUUUAUUGUCAUUUAGUAAUGCAUGCAUUAAGUUCCUUCGGUGUGAUAUUACAGAAACACAAGACAGACCAAGACUGAAAAACUGACAAAAACUACAUAAUUAUAACAUAUAGUUACAACAGUGCACGCAAUACCGUAACUUGAUGAAGAACAGGCCAUGGGCACAGUAAAAAAAGUUCAAAGUCUCUCAAAAGUCCCAUCAUCUCACGCAGACGGGAGAAGGAAGAAAACUCUCUUCCUGCCAUGAGCUUCCAGCGCCGCAAACUUGCCGAUGCAGCAUCCUGGAAGCACCCGACCACAGUCCGACUCUGAGUCAUCCGAAAACUUAGAGCCUCCGAACAGCCCUCGGACACUGAGCACCAAGCACCAUCUCUGCCAAGCGCUUCGACCCCGGCCCCGGCCGCCAGCAACAGGCAAAGCCGAGGAUUCGGGGCCUUUCCUCUGGAGAUUCUCGAUCGCACAGUGACAGCGGCAGCGAACCGGGCAUUUCAGAAGUUUCUCCAGAUGUUCCUCCAUGCUUCUCACGUCUGUCUCCAUCAAAUCAGAAGUGUGCAUGGCCCCUGUUUAACAAAUACGAUAUCAUUUCACCGGAGAGGCCACGCGCACUGUGUUGCGCCGCCAUCUUCUCCUCCUGCCUCUUUUCAAGAUUUUUUAAAUAGUGCCUGGAUUUUCAUGAGAAAUACUAUCAAUUCCACAUGAAACAGCUACCAUUAUUAUCUGUAGCUGUCAGGAAGUUCAGAACUCCUGAAGAAGCUUCUGUGAGGAUAAUCCACUAUACUCUGACCUUGGAUUCCUCAUGAAAUUCUAUUAUGUUGGGAAAUCUGCCUGCCCUCAGAACCAGAGCCGGUUUAAGACUGUUGAAGGUUCAAUAACUCCUAUUCAUUUUCAUGGAGAAGAAGAGCUGUCAGAUAGAGAGUAUGGUCUUGUGGCUGGUGAGGACUGCUUGUAUUCAGAUUUUCCAGAAAUUGACCUCUCCCAGCUGGAUGUGACUGACCUUGAUUCAGUAAACUGCCUUAGUGAACUCCAUUGGGACAAUGACCAAACAGAAAUAAGUUCCAGCCAGUAUAGUACAGAUGAUUCUGAGCUUUUUGAAACUAUAGAAGAAGAAAACGAGGCCUUGCUGGCUGCUCUCACUGAGACAUUGGACGACAUCCAAGUAGAUGAUGUGAGCCUGUCAGCAUUCAAGGAACUCACAGAUGGAGUUGUGACUGAUUUGUUGGAAACUGCCUCUUUACUAACACCAGAUGGCAGUCCCCCCACCACAAAGGCUGAUGAACCAUCUCUAUUAAAGAAACUGCUUCUGGCUCCACAAAAUGCACAGUUAAACUAUGAACGGCAAAAAGAGAGCAACAAAGCACGCCAUGCAUCCAGUAACCAAAAGUCAAAAUCACAUCGUUCUUCUUUCAAGGGGGACGGCCCACAGGGCAGUAAGCCACACAGCACCUGUCAGCGUCAGCAUCGACCGUUCACAGAAUUGCACAAGCACCUGACUUCAACUGAAUGCCCUCCCUUGUUUAAAACAGAUGAUUCCAAAAUCACUUAUAAAGACCAAAGCAAUCCAGUGUGGACUUCACAGUAUCAUCAGUCACAUCACCAGCAAGGUGAGAGUGAGGAUGACGGUGAUAUUGAUGAUGAUUGUGUUAAUGGUGGUGCUAACAAAGAAUUGGAUUGCUUCAAUGAUGGGAAUGGGGAACACAAACAAGGACACCGCAUUCUGCAAAAUGGUGCUUCUUGCAGUGCAUCCGUUAAGUCUGAAGAUACAGUUGCAUCAGCAAAGAACAAUUGGAUUAAAAAUUCUCAGUUUACCACAGAAGCAGAAUUGUGUUCAGUAGUUGAGCUUAUUAAAUAUAUGCAUACCUAUUGCCUUCCGCCUAGAAAAUAUCCACUAGUCACAACUCAGCAAGCUGAUAGUGACAAUACCAGUCACAAAAAGCAAACAAACGAAUGCCCUUUACAGAAGUUUAUUCACCCCAGUAUAGAAAAGCAGAAACUAUCAAAUUCCUUAAAGUUAACCAUCGGUUCUAGGCAAGGAAGGAACACUCCAGAUUUGUGCAAGAGGAAUGUAAAAAAGCUUACCAAAAUUUCCAUACUGAGAGAGCUAUUGGAAAAAAGUAUUGCAGUAGAUGUGAGCAAGCCUUAUAGACUUCACAAUCCUUUAUAUCCUGUACUUGGUUGCACUCUUUCACCUGAUAAUAGUCAGAGUAAUCUUCCUCAGAUGGUGGCAAAUCAUGAAGGUGAUAGUGCUUACAAUACUGAAACCCUAAACAGUACAAUGAAAAAGGACAGAAAGAAAUGUUGCAAGAACAAGGCUCCUAAAAUGGGGGAAACAGGAAAACAACAAGAAAAUACAUGCCUUACAGUUCGACGUUCAUUGAGAUUGUACCCUCAUGUUAGUGGGAUCCUUAGCAUAGAUUUAGAGCCAGCUUCAGCUGGGACUUUAACAAGAGUAAAUUUGGAGGGAACACCAAAGAAAUCAGAGUCGUCAGAUGUGCAGAUGAGAUUUGAGAGGGAGGAGGAUGAACAAGUAGCAGAAAUUGAGAUAGAUUAUUCUGGACAGCAACUCUGUGGCAGUGGUACGCACAUUAUUCCUGAUGACCAGCGGUGUCUGCAAUCCUGUAAUCGAGUGCAAUGGACUGAGGAGAACAACAAUGAAGAAAGUUCGUUUACUACUGACCUUCCUGCAGUUUCCAUGGUUCCAUGCUCUAAUGUAGUUGAGGACAACCGAGCCUUCACUGCACAGGACUUCCCAUUAAAUGAAACCAAGAUGCAAGAAAACAAGACUAGCAGAAAGCUAGCUAAGCCAACAAGUUUGUUACUUAGUCCAGAGUCUGAAAGUGACUGCAAAGAGUCUCCACUUGAGAACAGACCUUUUGAACAAGUGCUGAGCGUAGAACUGUGUGGAACUGCUGGACUUACACCUCCAACUACACCGCCACACAAAACGACCCGAGAUGAUCCUUUCAAGACAGCAAUAAAAAUAGAUUCAUCUGUUGACAACACAAUUAAUGAAUUACCAACAAAGAAUCAUUGGAGUUCUUUAUCAAAAAGUCUUGUCAAUAAACACCCUGAGCAAACUGAGCUGUAUGCUUACCUUAGCAAAGCCACCGUUGCCCCAGUUCAGAUUGAAGGCAAGAAAGCUAAAAGGUCAUAUACCAGAUGCUUUGGUGACCACGACUAUUGCCAAUUGUACAGGUCAGAAACUGAAACUGAAAAAAAUGUUCUGAGACUUUAUGAACUUCCAAACUCUAGUAGCCAUCAAGAUGGAAAGGAAACAUAUGAUGAUUAUUCACUUUGCAGUGAUAAGAAGCAGAAGAUGUCUCCUAUUCCAAGUCAAGGACCUAAUGGUAAGAGAGUGGAGAUAAGUAAAAAGCUUUCCAUUCUGAGCAGCAAUAAAAAACCAAUGAGAGACCAAGAGAUAAGAGCCAAAUUAUUCAAACAUUUUGGUUAUCCGGAAGAAGCCAUUACGGAUGAGGUGGAACAAGAUGCACUUGAAGGCAAUAAUUAUGGCCCUAAUGAAUGCUGCAAUCAUUCUGGUGUAAAGUUGCUAACAGGGAUGAAAAAUUCUGGGACUAAUUCUCCAGAUCAAUCACCGUCUAUUUCCUUGCAUAUGAAUGCCCAAUCACUGCCAAAGGACUCUUUGCAUGCGCAAGAACAUCAGUUAGAUGACGAAGGAACGAAGCCUAGCUCUAACCAACAGCACAAAGUAACUUCUGGAUUUCCUCAUACGCAAUCUCAAUCUCCAGUGAAAAGGGAAUCUUCCAGGAAUGCCAGGCAUGACAAAUGUUUAUACGGGAGGCAAAUUUGGAAUGGUGAGGACUUUGAAAAUGCUAACCGAAGGGAUAGAAGGAAUAAAGCCAUGGAUGAGUGCCGUUUUAUCUAUAUCGGAAAGCUAGCCUGCAAUGUAACUCCAGCAGAACUAAAGCGUCGUUUUGAAAUUUUUGGAGAGAUCGAAGAAUGCAAACUAUUUACUCAAGAUAAGGGUGUUAAGUAUGGAUUUAUUGCAUAUCGCUAUAGUGAGGAUGCUGCUUCUGCUCUCAAGAAUGGACAUAAAUUGCAGAGACGGGGUGAGCCUGCAUUGCAUUUAUAUUGUGGAGGGCUCAGACAAUUCUGCAAAGCCAAUUACACUGAUCUGGAUCCCAGUGCAGAAGACCUGGAUCCUUCUCCAAUGAAAAGCAAGUAUGACACUAUGGAUUUUGACAGCUUGUUGAAAGAGGCACAGGGAAGCCUGACUAGGUAACAGCCUUACAUCUAUUGCCUGCAGAGGAUGCCACAAUACCUCAAUCAAGGCACUUUUCAUUUGUUUACCUCUGUCCAUUAGAACAGGACACUCAUCCUUUAACAGUGAAAUCAAAAUGAAGUUUACAUGAACUAAGCUGCUUCUGUCUGUGAUUCUUCGGUAGAUGUCAAAUGUCACAAGUUUGGGCAGUCUAGUAGAACUACUGCUCACUGGUUGUUGUGUUCCCAUAAGUAACCAUAAAACAAUAGUGGAGUUGCAGCUGUGUUCACCAAUUUUAAUGUCUGUAGUUUGGGAUACAGUGUUAGUAUAAUGGGAAUUGGGGUUAAACACUCGGGUAUUUUACGUGUUUUAUGUGCUGCAUUUUAAAAUGUAAUAGUUUACAUGUAUUGAAGCAUUUUCUGUUGUAAUUUAUUGUGUGCUUCCAUUGUUUCAACUAUGCACUGUAACUGUAGCCUUGCCUUUUCAGUCCUGAAAUUUCCUAACCAGAAAUGUUUACAUGUAAUAUUAUAGAAUUUACUAUCAUUAUAGUGAACUAACAUAUCUAGAUUGACAGAGCUGUACUGUAAGUCAUUGAAUAAGUGCAUAUCAAGAAAAAUUUAUAACUGGGUGCAUGGAUGAUUAUUCCAUUAAUUGGUGGGAUCAUCAGAAUGUUAUAACUAGCUGAUGAAAGUAGAUUAUUCUAAAAUCAUACACUGAUGAUGAAGUUGUUUUAUUAUUUAAGUAUGUUCAGUACGUAUGUGUGUGAUUAAUUUAAAAUGUGUAAGUGGGAAGGUAUGGGGAGUUCAGAUAAAGUUUGAUUAUUUCUUUCAACUUUUUUAAUUUUUGGGAUACCUAACUUGAUUCAUUACUGUUUUAUAAUUAGAUUUUUUCAGGCAGUUAAAGUACAGUUCACUUUUGGUAAUCUAAUGUGUUUUAUUUAUGAUCUUAAAAUUGAAACAUUGGAACCUUAUACCUUUCCACAUCAGCUGUAAGUGUGAUUCAAUAAGGCUCUAGCUCCCAAGCAAAUGGCAUAUUAUGUAUUUUUAAAUCAUAUCUUAUAGUUUCUUAGAGAGUAAUUCAAAUCACAGACUGUAUUAAACAUAAUAUUUUAAUGUCUUGUAAAUAUGUUGAAACCCCCUCAAAGCCCCGUCAGUGCACUUGUUUACAUUAAUAAAAUCGCAGAAUGUAACACAUUCUUUUAACAAUUGUAUUUUAUUUAUUUUUCAGUAUUUCAAUGAUUUGCCACUGAAUAAAAAUAGCAAUAAAACAAUGUAGGAAUGGAUUUUUUUUGUAAUUGUUUAUUCUAACUCAACAAAAUUACAUCCUGUAAUUGAAGGAGAAAGUAGGUGAUAAGUUAAUAUUUGUCCUCUGACAAUGAGAAAAUAUGGGAUAGUUGCAUACUAAUUUAAAUUUCUCAUCUUUCUAUUUGAAUAUCCAUAAGGUUUAUCUUUCACACACUAUACCAAC